AUGUCGGAAAACUGUCUUUCGAGCUCUUGCAUAUGGUCGCCAAGCACUCAAGGCCUUAACAUUCGGCUUCCAUUUCAUGCAUCCGUGCAACCAUGCCUACAGGAGCUGAGUCCAAACUUAUUCUCGUUCUUUUCAGAGCAGAAACGAAGCGUGCUUACGGGAAAGAAAAUUGGUGCGAGCAACAAAAAGCCGGUUCUUGUCCAGCGGCCGGUCCUUGUUUGCGAAUCACGGGGUCGUUUCUCCGCCUUGGCUAAACUGCUGCCCGAAGAAUGCGAUCCAGUUCAUGAGUUACUGCAGGAGGAGACAAAGAAGGUUGUUGUGAAGCAAUUGAGUUUGCGCACAGACACGCCCGAGUCGGGGGUGCAUCAAAAGAUUUCCGACUGCGUGCGGCUAUGUCGUACAUCAUCCUCAGAAAAUCAAGAGCUUACUCGCGAUAUCGCCUUUGUCGUUUCACGUCUGCUCCCUCUUGUAUGA